AUGCAAAAUGGUCAAAGUUUUCCUGUAUUUUAUUGUUUAAUGACCGCUAAAAAUUUGAAGAGUUAUACUUUUUUAUUUAAUAAAAUUGAAGAAAUAUGUGAAUCGCAAAUUUUCCAUGAAAACAAAAUUGUAAUGGGAGAUUUUGAAAUUGUUUUUUUCAAACAAAUCUUUGUAAAUGACACAAUUUUAAAAAAUUGCCAUUUUCAUUUUCGUCAAUCAAUUUUCAGAAGGGUAUUAGCACUUGGGUUUUCUGACCGUUAUAAAGAUGGUGAUAUUUUUAAAAUGGAAGUUAAAAUGCUAAU